GAAGAAGAAAUAAUGGCGACGCUUCUGGGGUCCGAGUCCCCCUGUACUGCAGGAAAACGAAGAAAUUGCCACAGCAAUAUCAUCACAAAGUUCACGGCUAGUAAAAUUACUGGCCAGGGUUUCAGUCGAGGGACACAGCUCCCAGGAGGCCUGCUCCAGGAGAGAGAUAAACGAGCCAAGUGGCAUGGCAUCCCUACUCUGUUGCAGAGGCUCUACGAGAGCAGCCAUCCCAACAGUGACCUCUCCCAUGCUCACAGCUUUCUUAAGGUAUUAUCAUCCCAGCUCUCCAUGGAGGCUAUGUCUUUUGUUACCGAGGACAGGAAGACCGCUCAGGAAUCCACCUUCCCCAACACGUACACCUUUGACCUCUUUGGUGGAGUCGAUCUGCUUGUGGAGAUCUUGAUGAGACCCACAUUAACUAUGCAGAAGAAAAAACCCAAUAUGAAUGAUGACCUGGUCAAAGACUGCCUUAGUGUUCUAUACAACUGUUGUAUAUGUACGGAGGGGGUCACAAAGAGCCUGGCAGCGAGGGAUGACUUUGUUCUGUUUCUGUUCACCCUGAUGACAAAUAAGAAGACUUUCCUACAGACCGCUACCCUAAUUGAAGAUAUUCUUGGAGUUAAAAAGGAGAUGAUCCAGUUAGAGGGCAUCCCCAACCUGUCAGGCCUGGUCCAAAGCUUUGACCAACAACAGUUAGCCAACUUCUGCCGCAUCCUGUCUGUCACCAUCUCAGAACCCGAUGUAGGAAAUGACGACAAGCACACCCUGCUGGCUAAAAAUGCACAGCAGAAACGCAAUGCUAGCCCCUCACGGGCAGAGGUCAACCAGGUAACCCUGCUGAACAUCCCUGGCUUCAUUGAGCGGCUGUGUAAACUGGCCACUAGAAAGGUGUCUGAGGCCACAGGAGCUAACUUCCUGCAGGAGCUGGAGGACUGGUACACAUGGCUGGACAAUGCUCUGGUCCUGGACGCCCUCAUGCAGAUGGCUACAGAGGAGGCUGAACAAAGCAGUACAGAGUCAUCAGAUGAGAGCUCCCUGGCCACCAGCCCUCUGAGACAUCGACUGCCCCAGUCCAUGAAGAUUGUCCACGAGAUCAUGUAUAAAGUGGAAGUGCUUUAUGUACUUUGUGUCCUUCUUAUGGGUCGACAGAGGAACCAGGUUCACAAGAUGUUGGCCGAGUUUCGUCUUAUCCCAGGGCUCAAUAACCUCUUUGACAAGCUGAUCUGGAGGAAAUACACUGCCUCAAAUCACGUCGUCCAUGGCCAGAAUGAGAACUGCGACUGUAGUCCAGAAAUAUCCUUCAAAAUCCAGUUCUUGCGGCUCCUUCAAAGUUUCAGUGAUCAUCAUGAGAACAAAUACCUCCUGCUGAAUAGCCAGGAGCUAAAUGAACUUAGUGCCAUAUCCAUGAAGGCUAACAUCCCUGAGGUUGAAGCAUUGGUCAACACAGACAGAAGCCUAGUGUGCGAUGGGAAGAAGGGCCUCCUCACACGUCUCCUCACCGUCAUGAAGAGGGAGCCUCCAGACUCAUCAUUCAGAUUCUGGCAGGCAAGGGCAGUGGAAAGUUUUCUUAGAGGAGCCACCUCCUAUGCAGACCAAAUGUUUCUCCUCAAGAGGGGACUACUAGAGCACAUCCUGUUUUGCAUCAUAGACAGUGGCUGCACAUCUCGAGAUGUCCUGCAGAGCUACUUUGAUCUGCUUGGAGAGCUCAUGAAGUUCAACAUUGAUGCCUUCAAAAGAUUCAACAAAUAUGUCAACACUCCAGAGAAGUUUCAGACUUUCCUGACGCAGAUCAACAGUUCUCUGGUGGACUCUAACAUGCUGGUGCGCUGCAUCGUCCUUUCAUUGGACCGCUUUGAGAGCCAGACUGAAGAUGUCAAAGUGGUUGAGGUACUUUCUGAAUGCUGCCUGCUGUCCUACAUGGCCAGAGUUGAGAACAGGCUGUCCUUCCUCUUUCGACUGAUCAACAUCAUCAACGUACAGACACUCACACAGGAGAACGUGAGCUGUUUAAACACCAGUUUGGUGAUCUUGAUGCUGGCCAGAAGAAAGGCUAAACUGCCCUUCUACCUCAAUGCCCUGCGGGAGAAGGAGUAUGCUGAGAAGUACCCAGGCUGCCUGCUCAACAACUUCCACAACCUACUGCGCUUCUGGCAGCGUCACUACCUCAACAAGGACAAAGACAGCACCUGUCUGGAGAACAGCUCCUGUAUCCCCUUCAGCUACUGGAAGGAGACGGUGUCAGUGCUGCUGGGCUCAGACAGGACUUCUCUGUGUGCCAUUACAAGCUACAUUGAUGAGCCCUUCAUGGAUCUGGACAGAGACCUGCUGGAAGAUUGACCUCCAGCGUGUGCACUCAGUGUGCAGGGGGUGGGACAGGGUGGAGGGUCACAGGGAGCAUGGACACCUAAAGCUGGUGAUGACUCCACUGAGCUGAGCCAUCCAGGCGCUUCAUGACUGCGUUCUGGAUGUAAAGACUCACCUGUUAGCUGUCUGUACCUUUGCAUUGAGGCCAUCGUCACGGUUGUGAUGGGACAUAAAUUUGCCUGGCUAUCAUCUUGUCACUAAGUUACCGUCCUCUUCUUCAAAGAAAAGGGAGGGGGACCUGUUUGCCCACCCCAAAUUGCCCACAUCAUUUAACAGACAAUGAAAGGACCUUGUGAAAUGACACCUGCAUUGGUUGUUUGCUUUAGGUGAAAUUCAAAUAGAGCCUUUUAUAUAACCUAUACAAAAUUCUAUGAAAAAAAUAUGUAUGAUUCAACAAAGUAUAUGUUAGAAAAAGAGUCUUUUCACGUGGACUUGGUUUGGAAAUGGCCACAGAUUGAACCGUUGUGCAGGUCAGUGGUGCGUCACAGGGCUGCCAGGAGUCAGCAGCCUCACUCUCCACUACCUACACACUCUGUGAUGACUCCACGUCCCUCCACUGCCUGACCUGCGUUGGGAAACUGGUGAUGUUGGAGUUUUUGCAGGGGUCUUCUCAACGAACAGCAUUUUCAUUUAACCCGUCUGUGGGUCUAUUUUAUUAGGUGGCUAUUGUCGAUCGGUGCUUUCUGGCUCUACUCAGCACAUUUAGGUAGCUUGUGAGCCGGCUGACAUGUUUCACAAAUCACACGGGGCUCCUCUCACCUAAAACCAUCCACACUCUGUCGUGGCUUCAGAAGCCUCACCCAGGGACUCGUUUUCUUUACCAGGUUUUUUUUUUUUUUUUUUUUUGGUUGAUUUACUUUUUGUCUUGUUGAAAACAAUGGCUUUUAGCUCUGGAUAAACUGUAGAAUAAAACAUUGCACAGAUUAAAUUGUUUUUAUUGUUUAUUAUAUUUUAACACAUUUGUUGAUUAAAAACGUUUUUCAUUUUGUAACAGAAUUUGUAUCCAUGUUGUGACAGAUGCUUUGGGAAGAGAAUAAACUAUGCAGGCGCUAGUGUUAAGAAACCACUUUCAUUGUUCCAGUCCACGCAGCAUUGAUGUGAAUUAGCUUUCUGCCCAGCGUCAUUAGCAUCGAGUGGAAGGUAUACCACGAUGUGCGGUCUCUCAAAAUCUCUGACUACAUGCUGAGAAUGACAAUCUUUCUGUGACGACUUUUUGCAUGACACCACUCGAUCUUUAGUUUGGAUAAAGAUGAAGCAGUGGGCAUGUUGACGAUGUGUCCACAGCCUGAAUGUGCAGCCCUUUAGUGGGAAUGGAAGGAGCGGAGCUGAAUAGAUAUUCGUUAUCUCAAAUUAAACAGCCCCAGCCCUGAGAUAAGUACAAAUGGAUGAGCUACCUCAUAUUUUAUCCUGACACAGAUCAAACCACUCCUAACGACAAGUGUACAGUUUUACUCCCAGCAUGUCAUGACUCAUAAUACAUGUUCAUGUGAAUGUAUAAGGGCAUUUCUACAGUUGGCCCCUGAUGCCAUGAGUUACUAGUGCUAUGCCGCCUUUUGGGAUGCAAACACAAACGUCCUUUACACUUUGAAAGCCUUUUAUUUGCUUUAAAGCUAAUUAACCAGAAAUGUUUCCUCUUUUUCUAGCUUUCAUUCAGCAUGUCUUAAAUCUCUUGAUGGGUGUUGCACAUACCUUGAAUUAGUUCAUCUUUUGUGCUUUGCAGUGAAGUUAACACACUUUACAAGUGCUUCUCUCUUAUAAACUCUCAGUUUCUUUGCUGGAUGGAUGCCCGAGAUAAUUGCUACAACAAAAUGUGAUUUGACACAGGGUACUGACUGUGUGUUAUCAUUGAUCCAGAUCUCUUCUCGCCACUCCAGUCAUUCACCAUGGAAGUCAACUAUCGGCAUAAAAACAUGAAUGUUGUGAGUGCUCUUCUGGAGCGCCUAUAUAAACAAUCUCUGACUUCUGUAGCUUUGUGAUCUGAAUUUUCAGAGAGAGUGAUCCCUCUGUAUGAUGCACAAGAGAAAUGGUUCUUAAUGCUGUAUGUGGUGUGAUGCUCCUAGUAGGCCUUAGCUUUCAGUCAUUAGUUUGUAUAGAAAUGGUGAAAUGUUAUCCCCUUGGCCAAGAACAUGCUGCACAGUGUUAAACAUAACACUACUUGGUUUUUAUUUUAGAUCCCUUUUGACUUUUAUUAGCUGGAGAUUUAUGUAACGUUUGGCAUGAUGAGGAUAUUCUUAGAUAUAUUUUGCAGCCUGUCCUAAACUCACACUCAGAUCUCAGACCAUGUGGUGCUUUUUUCGAUCAGAUAUGAUUGUCUCACCUCACCAUGAUCGACAGCAUCUGUGGUGUGUAUCGAAAGGAACAACCUUGAGAUGCUGACAGUGGAUAAUAUUCAUGGUGUAAAAUUAAAAUCCAUUUUAGAUAACGACCCAUGUUUUUCUUAUGUGUUGGCAUUAAAAAGAUGCAUAAAAUCUCACAUGGUAGUGUUAAAAAUUCACCUCUGCACACUCCAGUCUUAAUCUUUCUAACCCUGUUUGACCUUCAAACAAACAGAGAAAAGAUUCAUGUUUUAGUUUCUACUAUAACAACUUCUGUAACCAACAUUCACCCACAUGUUCCUUCUCUAAUGCUGGUAUUGAACUUCAUUUUCUUUAUUUAACAGCUGUUUGUCAAAUGAAUAAUAUAAUAAAUUUUCUUUAGACCUC